AUGACGACCCCCAAGUCUGAGGCUACUAAGGCCAAGGCUGGCUGGCUGUUGUUGUUAUUGUUGUUGUUCUCGUUCUCUUUGCUGACCCCUACCCUUGUCCUCAGUGUCCUCAACGUCCCCUUUCCCACCGCUCGACUGGCCACAACCGCCCUCAAGGCCAUUCAGGUGGACCCUGAGCUCUCCCCACUCGUCAGGCGACAGCUCACCGUUGUCCCAGCGCCGAUGUCAACGCAGGGUUCUCCGUCUGGUGGCGAUGCAGAUGUACAGCUUCUCGAGGUUCAGUACAGGGCCACAACCAAUCGAAUGCUCCGAGUCGCUGUCAACGGCUUCAUGGAGAGCUUGAAACUUGUGGUGGAGGUUAUGGAGCAGUUAGAUACUGACGUUCUUGAUCAUCAACAAUAA